GUCUGGGUUGUUUGAACACGCCUCCUCGUCAGAACGCGGAUGUUUCUGCAGCCUAUAUAGCAGACCUGAACUCAACCAACUGGGGCGUAAACUUGGAGCAGCACUUGGCGCAGCAGCACGGCAGUUCUCACUCCACAUCUGUUCUCAUCUUCAACAGGACCUGAGCACUAUGGCAACCCACAAAGCAUUUGAGACUGCAGGGAAGGAGCCCGGCCUGCAGGUGUGGCGGGUGGAGAAAAUGGAUUUGAAACCUGUCCCUGCUGGACUCCACGGAGACUUCUUCACCGGAGACUGCUACAUAGUGCUCUACACCACUCCUGCUCCUUCUUACAAUGUUCACUCGUGGCUUGGCAACGAAGCAUCCCAGGAUGAGAGGGGUUGUGCUGCCAUCUUCAUGACCCAGCUGGAUGAUUCCCUGGGUGGAGCCCCAAGACAGUACACUGAGUUUCAAAACCAGGAGUCAGUCACCUUUAUGAGCUACUUCAAGUCUGGCGUUAAAUACAAGAAAGGUGGAGUAGCCUCAGGCUUCCAGCAUGUGGUGACCAACGACGUAAACGUCAAGCGCUUGCUGCACGUUAAAGGUCGGAGGACGAUCAGAGCCACAGAGGUGGACAUGUCCUGGCACAGCUUCAACAAAGGAGACUGCUUCAUCAUUGACUUGGGAAAGGAUAUCUACCACUGGUCUGGCAGUGAAAGCAAUAGCUUUGAGCGCCUGAAAACCACUGAACUGGCCUUGGAUAUCCGCGACAAUGAGCGAAAAGGCCGUGCUGAAGUACACAUGAUUGAAGAAGGUUCUGAGCCAGAAGCUGUCAUUGGGGUGCUUGGACCCAAGCCUGACCUCCCACCAGGAAGCUCAGAUGAUGCAUCUGCUGAUAAAAAAAGCAGGAACCAGGCAUCUCUCUAUUUGAUUUCUGAUGCUGCUGGCUCCAUGAAGACAACUAUCGUGGCUGAGAAAAACCCAUUCAAACAAGACAUGCUCAGCCACAGUGAUUGCUACAUCCUGGACAAUAGAGGAGACAACAAGAUAUUUAUCUGGAAAGGAAAGGAUGCAAAUGCAGAUGAGCGCAAAGCAGCACUGAAUGCUGCAAACAAGUUCAUCAAAGACAACAACUGCCCUAAAACUACUCAGAUCCAGAUAAUGCCAGCAGGGGCUGAGUCCACCCUGUUUAAGCAGUUCUUCUUUAACUGGCUGGACAAGGAUGAGACUACAGGCCCAAGUGAGGCCUACACCAUCGGUAGAAUCGCCAAGGUGAAGCAGAUUCCCUUUGAUUCCUCCUCACUCCACAACAACUUGAUUAUGGCUGCCCAGCAUGGCAUGGUGGAUGAUGGCUCUGGGAAAAUCCAGAUUUGGCGUGUGGAAGGUGGUGAAAAAGUACCUGUGGACCCUUCCACUUAUGGACAGUUUUUUGGAGGUGACUGUUACCUGGUGCUGUACUCCUACAACACAGGAGGCAAAGACAGGCACAUCAUCUACACCUGGCAAGGGCAGAAGUGCAGUAAGGAUGAACUGGCUGCCUCAGCCUUUCUCACCGUCAACCUGGACGAUUCCAUGGGUGGAGCAGCUACACAGGUUCGUGUCACUCAGGGCCAAGAACCCCCUCAUCUUGUGAGCCUGUUUAAGGACAAGCCUUUGGUCAUCCACCUGGGUGGGACAUCCCGCGAGUCUGGCCAGAGCAAGCCUGCCAGUACACAACUCUUCCACAUCCGCCAGAGCUCCACCAAGGCCACACGGGCUGUUGAGGUGGAGCCCACUGCCUCUUCUCUGAACACUAAUGAUGUGUUUGUGCUGAAGACACCCAAUUCCCUGAUGCAGUGGAAGGGAAAGGGAGCAACUCCAGAGGAGAUGGCAGCAGCGAAGUAUGUUGCCACCCUGCUUGGGGGAGCUGCCACUGAGGUCGAGGAGACCAAGGAGCCAGAUGAUUUCUGGAAAGCACUGGGUGGGAAGAAGCCCUACCAGACCUCCAAGAUGCUGCAGAACGUGGUCAAGCCUCCUCGACUGUUUGGCUGUUCAAACAAGACUGGCAGGCUGAUAGCAGAGGAGGUGCCAGGUGAGUUCACCCAAAUGGAUCUGGCAACUGAUGAUGUCAUGAUUCUGGAUACCUGGGCUCAGAUCUUUGUUUGGGUUGGAAAGGAUGCCAAUGAGACAGAGAAAACUGGAUCACCCAAGAUUGCUGAAGAUUAUGUGAAUUCUGACCCCUCCGGCCGUCGCGGUACUCCCAUCAGCAUCAUUAAGCAGGGAGAGGAACCGUUGUCCUUCAUCGGCUGGUUCCAUGGUUGGGACGCCAAGAUGUGGGACACAGAUAUUUUGCAGCGCAUACAGGACCGUAUUGCAAAGCAUUAGUAGAAAAACACAAAGCAUCUGAAAAGAUUGAAUCCCUCCUGAAGCAUGGAGUUUCAAAGUUCUGUGUGGGUGAAGGGCAGCUUUAGCUCUACUGAGCAUGAAAGAUUUAACAUCCCAUUUCAGCAUCUCAAAAUCAUUUUUAAAUAACACGAAGUCUGAAAUAACAUUGACAUUGUGAUAUGAGAACACAGGCAAAAUCUUAUAAUUUUAUACUCACAGUAUCUAAAAAAUAUCAAAUCAAACCUUUGCUGAAAAAGUUUGCUUGUUUUCAUGCACUAAAACAAGAAAUUAUCAAGUGUUUACAAUCCACUGAAAAAUCAUGAUGAACUAUGUCUCCCAAGUUAAGUAUGGCUGAAGGGAAAUUUAGAAAAUGUACAUUCAUAGAUGACGUACCAGAAUUUUAAACAUCACAAAUUUCUUGGAUUCAGGAGAAAAAGAAUGUAUAUUUUUGCUCAAGUAUCCCUUUUUUACAGUCUAGAUUGCAGCAAUAAAGAGAAGUUCUGAAUAAAAAAAAA